CCACACGACCCCGCUCUCCCCACCAUAUCCAAAUCCCCGCAGAAAACCUCCCCUAUCCCCCGCUCCCCGCCGGUCGCCAUGCGCUGCGCGGCCGCCGCGUCAACCCCACCACCCCGUCCUCCUCCCUCACCAUGCCCUCCAUCGCAGCGUCCACCUCCUCCAUCCCCGCCGCCCCGCCGCGAGGCGCCACCGACGCCGCCACCGCCCGCUCCUCCCUGAACCUGCUCCGCUCCCUGGCCCGCUCCCGCCGCGCGGACCUCUCCCACCGCGCGCUGCUCCUCUUCCGCUCGCUCCACUCCGCCUCCCCCUCCUCCGGCCCCUCCCGGACACCCCCGCCGCACUUCUCCCUCCCCGCCGCGCUCUCCGCGGCCGCCUUCCUCGCCGCGCUGCCCGAGGGCCGCCAGCUCCACGCGCUCGCCGCCAAGCUCGCCCUCGCCCCCGCCCACACCGUCGUCGCCAACUCCCUCGUCCACCUCUACGCCUCCUGCGGCGACCCGGACGCCGCGCUCGCGCUCUUCCGCCGCAUCCCGGACCGCACCCUCGUGUCGUGGAACACCGCCGUCGACGCGCUCGCGGGGAACGGGGACCACCUCGCCGCGCUCGACCUGUUCCGGGAGAUGCAGCGGGACCGGCCCGACCUCGCGCCCGACGCCUACACCGUGCAGAGCGUGCUCGGCGCCUGCGCCGGCGCCGGCGCUCUCUCGCUAGGGCUCUACGCGCACGCCAUGCUCCUCCGCGAGCUCGGCGGCGCCGCCAGCUCUGGGAACGCCGCCGCGGCCGUGUCCCGCGACGUGCUCAUCAACAACUCCCUCGUCGACCUCUACGGCAAGUGCGGGGCGGUGGAGCUCGCGCGGCAGGUGUUCGACCGGAUGCCCGCGCGGGACCUCGCGUCCUGGAACGCCAUGGUCCUCGCGCUCGCCAACCACGGCUGCGUCCAGGAAUCUCUGGACCUGUUCGACCGGAUGACGAAGACGGAGAACGUCUCUCCCAACGCGAUCACCUUCGUCGCGGUGCUCAGCGCGUGCAACCACGGCGGGCUGGUGGAGGAAGGGAGGAGGUACUUUGCUGCCAUGGUCAGCGAGUACGGGAUCAGGCCGAGGAUCGAGCACUACGGGUGCAUGGUGGACAUCCUCGCGCGAGCGGGGCUCAUUGAGGAGGCACUCGACAUUGUGUCCGGGAUGAACUGCCGGCCCGACUCUGUCAUCUGGAGGAGCCUGCUCGACGCGUGCUGCAAGAGGAACGCUGGGCUGGAACUCAGCGAGGCCAUGGCCAAGCUGGCGCUUGAUGUCCCUGAUGAUGCCGUGAGCGGCGUCUACGUCCUGCUCUCCAGGGUCUACGCAUCCGCGCAGCGGUGGAAUGACGUGGGCAUGAUCCGGCGGUUGAUGAGCGAAGAGGGCUUCAAGAAGGAACCGGGGUUCAGCUCCAUUGAAAUGGCUGGCUCUGUGCACCAGUUUGUCGCUGGCGACACUUCGCAUCCUCAGUCAGAAGAGAUCUAUGGGAAGCUGGAUGAGAUUCAAGAGAGGCUCACAUCUGCUGGAUACAAGCCGGACCUGUCAGAGGCACCUAUGGUUGCUGAUGCUGAUCGCACCAAGGGCGCCACCCUGCGUUUGCACAGCGAACGGCUAGCCAUAUCGUUUGGCCUACUCAAUGCUAGACCUGGAGCACCAAUUCGAAUUCUGAAGAAUCUUAGAGUGUGCAAAGACUGCCACACGAUCAGCAAGCUCAUAUCAAAGCUCUAUGAUGUGGAGAUCAUCGUGAGGGAUCGAAUUCGGUUCCACCACUUCAAGGAUGGAUCAUGUUCUUGCAAAGAUUACUGGUGAUUCUUGAGCCAUGAUUACCUGUAAUUCUGUCUUGAAAGAUCCUGUUGAUGUUCAGUUACAAGCGCCUGUGGAGGCAUCCAAGAGAAGGCGUUGCCAUGUUCAAAUAUCACGAUUACAAUGACCAUCAACUUCACGGCCGGCGAUAACUGACAGGUGGCUGUUUAGCCUGUUGCGCUAGAUGAUUAUGUUCACCAUAUGCUGGCUGGGAGCUGGAUCUCCCGGCAUCCACUGUGCGGUCAUGUAUUGACAGUAUGAGGUGAUAGUUCCAAGAUAGUUCAAAACAGAAGUCAAAUACUUUGUAGAAGUAAAAAGGAGAAAUGGUAAAUUCAAUGUAGGUAGAGUGAGUGUGAAUCAAUUUGUUCCAUAGAAGCUCAUUUGAUCGGUUUUUCUCCAUCGAACAUAGCAACUUGCAUUCGAUGCAUAUGAAUGGAAUAAUUCUUCACAUGCCA